AUGGACAUGUUAGCGAAACAGCUCUCUCAGAUCGCGACCUCUUUAAGCGAGAUACGCGGGAACGAAGGUAGGAUCCCCGCCUCGGUUAAACCAUCAGAUAGGGAAAACAUCAGCCAGGACAAGAACGGUGAAAAACCAGUACCCCAAGAAGCUGACCAACACUUCUCAGGCCCAGGAGUUGAGGUGGAGAUAGAAGAAAUCAAGAGAGAGGCAGGAGAGUCUUCCAAGGGAGACAGUAGCAACAAAGAAAGGCAAGUGAAACCCUUUCCAUACAGAGGGGAACUUAAGAAGAAAAAGAAGGAUCCAGUAGACUUCAUAGAUAUUUUGGGGAAGCUGGAAAUUAAUCUGUCGUUUGUCCAAGCUUUAAAGCUGCCCAUCUUUAGCAAGUUUAUCAAGGAGUUUAUCGCUGGGAAGACUAAACCUAGCCACAAAAUAGUGAUUAGAGAAACCGUAUCAGCAGUGAUUCAGAAGAGAAGGAUGCCCUCCAAGCGUACUGAUCCAGAAUUGAUGCAGGAACAGGUGGAAAAUUCGAAAUUGAGUCACUCCAUUGACAAGGUGGUGGCCAAUUGGUGCAGUGCAGUAAACACACUGGGAAUGACAGAUGAAGAGUUAGCCGAAGCAAUUCUGGAAUUCUGUAAGAGCCCUGAAUCUGUCAGGUCUAAGGGGUCAGCUUGUGUAGCCAAGGUGGAAAAUUUACCUGAGCCUGAAGGAUUAAUCAUUAAGGAGGUAAAGAAGAACCCAUUACCCCAGGAUACAAGUUCAUCAAAGAAAGAACUGAAGACAUUGCCUCCAGACCUCAGAUAUGCCUAUUUGGAAAAGAACGAGAUGUUCUCGGUAAUCAUCAACAGCAACCUAACCAGGGAGCAGGAAGAGGAAUUACUAGAAGUGCUUAGGAGGAAUAAGACAGCAAUAAAAUGGACUCUGUCAGACCUGGUGGGAAUCAGUCCUGACCUCUGCAUGCAUCACAUUCGUUUAGAGGAAGGAGCGAAACCCCACCGAGACCCACAGAGAAAGUUGAAUCCGAACAUGAGAAAAGAAAUCCUGAAGGAAGUACUCAAACUGCUGUCAUUAAGGAUCAUAUACUCCAUUCCCGAUAGUAAAUGGGUAAGCCCAGUACAUAUGUUACCUAAAAAGUCAGGAAUCCAAGUGGUGACGAAUGAGAAAAAUGAGUUGGUGCCCACAAGGUUAGUAACCGGUUGGCGGAUGUGCAUCGAUUACCGAAAACUAAAUGAGGCCACGCGGAAAGACCAUUUUCCUUUACCAUUCAUAGAUCAAAUGUUGGAAAGGUUAGCAUGCAAGAAGUUUUUCUGUUUCUUGGACGAAUACAGUGGAUACUUCCAGAUUUACGUUAAUCCAAAAGAUCAGGAAAAGACAACCUUCACGUGCCCAUUUGGGACGUACGCAUAUAUAAGGAUGCCCUUUGGAUUGUGUAAUGCGCCAGGCACCUUUCAGAGGUGCAUGAUGAGUAUUUUCUCAGACCUGUUGGAGGAAUGUAUCGAGAUUUUUAUGGACGACUUCACAGUCUACGGAAAUUCCUUCGAAGUCUGCCUCGCCAAUUUGGAUCUGGUGGACAAGGCGAAGGUAGACGUAAUCUCAAGGAUUCCGUACCCUACAAAUCAGAAAGAGAUUAGGGGAUUUCUGGGCCAUGCUAGGUUCUACCGAAGGUUUAUCAAAGCCUUUGCAAAGAUCGCACAACCACUUACCCACCUCCUCCAGAAUGACGUAGACUUCAACUUUGACGAGGCAUGCGAGGGGGCCUUCCAACUUCUGAAAGAAAGGCUUGUAUCAGCCCCCAUUAUCAGAGCUCCAGACUGGAAUUAUCCCUUUGAAGUAAUGUGUGACACCAGUGAUUAUGCAGUCGGAGCAGUCCUAGGUCAAAGAAUUGAAGGGAAGAACUAUGUGAUUUUCUACGCAUCCAAAACCCUGAACCAGGCCCAAAAAAAUUAUGACACCACAGAAAAAGAGAUGCUAGCUGUCGUGUAA